GUAUAGAAUACCUACCCUUGUUCUAUUUCAUGAUCAUGUGAUUAGUGCCAUGAUUUAAUGAUCUUAUAGAUCAGAAAACAUACAACUUAACGAUGCAAUUAAUGUUCAACAGAGAAUGUAUGCACGUUGCAAAUUAAAUCGCUGGGAUCAGGAGAUAGAACUCGUGAAAUAUUAUAUAAAAUAAGUUGUGACAGCGACUGCAGUAAUUCUCUAGUGACCUGUACAGACAGCGGGUCUAAUGACCAAACACUAAAGAGAAAAAAAAUAUAUAACUUGUGUUCUGACAUAUUGGGCAAUUUAGAAAGAAUAACAGAAUUUGUGAUAAGGCAGAAUCAAACACAUUAGUAAACUGACCUGGAGCUGGGCACAAAUAAACCACGUCAUGUGAUCUCCUUAACUUUGACAGCUAGCACAUUACUGGAUACAGUCAGUCACCACGGUGAUGCCAACCAUAUCCUAACAGCCCCUCUUGUGCGGGGUCUACUUUUAAUGGCUGCAAAAUACGCCGGGCAUUUUUAGAAGACGUACACUUUAAUUGGCUGCGUUAACGAGUUAAAAAAGGAAACUGUAUCCAUUUACAUUUCACGGAUUUUCAUAAACAACAAAAAGGGGGACCACUACAGGAAGAGAUUUAAUCGUCUUUGUAAACAGCAAAGAGUAAGAGACAGCAAACUCUGCAGUUUAUUUAUUCUUGUCAAAGACUUUGUUUGCUUGUUUUUUUCCGUACGAACACUGAAUCGCAGCUAAGCCAAUAAUGCCAUUCUUUGGGUGGAUGAAAUGGACAAAAAGUGAAUCUGACAAGUCUACACAAUAUUCUGGGUCAGACAUCGUUACGAAGACUUUAUUAAGAGAAUUGCAAUGGCACCUGGGUGAGCGUGAACGCUUGCUGCAUGAAAUUGAAAAUGAACAGAAGGUCCAAAAACCAGGAGUGGAUUACAACUGGAUAAGGAACGACUUAAAGCCAAGUAUUCCAGUCACCGAACAAAAGCAGCUGGAGGUUUUGUGUUCUCAGAUCCAGCCAUGUCACACAGGAACAGUGCUAAGCAGAUUUCGUGAAGUUCUGGCAGAAAAUGAUGUGCUACCUUGGGAGAUCGUGUACAUAUUUAAGCAAGUUUUAAAGGAUUUCCUGAAUUCUCUAGAAAAAGAAAGUCAACAGGUGAAGCUCAUGGAUAUGUGGAACGCCAACUGUACCGUCAACUUCAUGAUACCAAGCGACAGCCCAUCGAAUUCACACAAAGAAGAAAUCCCCACCGUUUCAAGCUAUGUUGACAGAAACACUCAGAGUUUAUUCCCAAGUUUCUCACAUCGAAUAUGGAAUCUGCCAUACUAGUAUCCUUCAACAUAAACAAUAAUCAGAAAAGAUUCCCCCCUACUUCCUUUGAAAACCAGAUCUUAAACAAAGUUCCUAUGCAUUGUUUAUAUGUAAAUAUACAAACCUAAAAAGCAAUAUUCUUUGUAGACCAGUAUUGUAGCUAUUUUUACAGAACAAGUUGAGAAAUAAAAACAAUGUAGGCUUGGCAUUGUCCUGCAUAGAACAUAUUUUUUGUAUGUGAAACGUUUGUAGAUUACAUAUGGAUGCAUAUAGUAAGUCUAGUUCUUUUAUAUGCAAUAAGCUGUCUCUGUUUUUAUAAAUAGCACAGUGAAACUGUUUGGCAUUACAUAAGACAGUAACGGAAAUUAAGAGGGCUUUUUUAUAUACUAAAAUUGGGGUAAAACACUGUUUUUGUGCACCUAUCAUGAACACACACUUAAAACGUAGCCUUUUUUUCUUUAAACCGAGAUGCUGUCAUAUCAUCACUAUGCGGUAAGUGUUUCCGGAUACAUGUUCUGCCCCUUGCUUUCUGGGAUCAAACUUAAAGGGAUCCUAUAGUGCCAGGAAAACAAACCCGUUUCCCUGGCACAAUAGGCUUCUGGAGUGCCCCCUUCCCUGGGGGCCUCCCUCCCGCGGGGCUGAAGGGGUUACAACCCUUUAAGCCACUUACCUGAAUCCAGCACCGAUAUCCCUCGGCGCUGGGUCAAGCUCCUCCCCCACUCCUCCCCGCAAUGGCUGCGUACGCAUUAGAACUCCCCAUAGGGAGGCAUUAUUCAAUGCUUUCAUAUGGGGAAAUUCUGACGCUGGAGGUCCUCGUGCAGAGCAUGAAGACAUCCAGCAUCAGAUAACAGACCAAAAGUCUGUUUGGAUUCCGGAAGCCCUCUAGUGGCUGCCUGGUAGACCGCCACAGAGGGCAGACUUAAAGCUGCAAUGUAAACAUUCUCUGGAACUGCAAUGUUUAACAUUGAAGCACUAAAUUCAAAAAGGUCACAGCACCCAGACUACUUCAAUUAUCUAAAGUGGUCUGGGUGCCUACAGUGUCCCUUUAAGCGCUCUGUAGCCAAAGCAGAUUAAUGCACAAUAAUAAUAGUGGACAGGAAGAUAAAUGUGUAAAAAUCUAAAUGUAAACUAAACAUUAGUCAUUACAGGGACACUAUAGUCACCAAAGCAACUUCAGCUUAAUGAACCAGUUUUUGUGUAUAGAUCAUGCCUCUUAAAUUUUACUGCUCAAUACUCUGCCAUUUAGGAGUUAAAUCACAUUUGUUUCUGUUUAUGCAGCCCUAGCCACACCUCCCCUGGCUGUGACUGACAGCCUGAAUGACAACAAAAUGGUUUCAUUUUCAAUCAGAUGUUACUUUGUUUAAAUUCUUUAUUUUGUUGAGGCGUGUGAUUAUAUGGAUACAGAAAAAAGAGAGGGAGACGUUCAAGAGUUGUACAGGGUAGGGUCGUCGUAACAUAAUGUCAAAGUCUCCUAUGAUUAUCAACCUCAUUUUAUAUAUAAUAAAGUUUAGACAGUACGCCAAGUCUAGGCGCUCUACAAACAUGCACGCUAUGGCUAAUAAAAGUGUAUUCAAGCUUAGUUAAACAUUCUGUGCGUUACAACAGGUUAAUAGCAGGCGUAAUGCAAUGCUAGUGGGAGUAGCUAGUUCCAUACCAUGUUUGUAUAAUGUUGUUGCUUAUCUCGGAGUACUUUUAUAUUGUUCUACAAGAGAACUAGGUUGUGGGCAGUUAGGGUGGUUGAGGGAGCAUGAUAUAGUAAGCUUACAUAAGAAGCAAUGGCUCCGCCAAAAGGGAUUCUAAACGCAAGAGAUAGAAGGGUUCAGUAUACAAUAGAUUAGUGAACUAGAUAAACAGUUGCACUGACAGAUUAUUAAGAACAAGACCAGCUAAACAUAUUACUGGAACUAAAAUGAGACGUAAAUAUUUGCUUAGCUUUAUAUCUCAGGCUUAGGUGAAGCCAGGGUAAAGUCCUGUGUGUGAUCCUCAGCCGAUUCCUACUAUGGGCAAAGCUGUGCUCCUCCUUAUGUCGCCGUUCAGCGGACCGGGCAUUAGAGACCGUGGUGAGGUAAUAUAGGAAUCCCCAAGCACUA